UGUAGGUCAGCAUGCCUUCCGGAAGUCUGGCAGUUCAGGUGCGGUGGCCGCUGUCCGUAUCCUGUUUAUAAACACCGAGCCCGGUGUAGCGAGAGCGAGUCGUACGCAGGUACACACACGGGACCGGGGAAAAUACACCCAGCUGGAAGUAAAGAAACACAGAAGCGAAAGCCGCCCUCCACCGUCGCUGGGGCCAGGCAGGCUGCGAGGCGGGCGAAGAUGGAGCCGCCUUCCGCGAAAGGGAGACCUCAGGGUCGCCUGCUGGUGUCCACCAGUCUGGACGCGAAAGACGAGCUGGAAGAGCGGUUGGACAGGUGUGUCGGGAUCGUGUCGUCCAUGAUCGGCGGGCUGUCGGAGCGAGAGGCCAACGACGCGCUUACUGCUCACGUUUGCAAGGGGUCCCAGCAGCAUGAGGAGGUGUGUCUGGGCCUGUUCACUCUACUGCUCACAGAGCCAACGCAGGCUCAGAGGUGUUACAGAGACCUGACGCUGGUCAACAGAGACGGGAUGAACAUCGUUCUGAUGAAGAUCAACCAGAUCCUGAUGGAGAAAUUCCUCAAAGUGCAGGACAUCUGUCGCACUCAGCUGGUGUGGCUGGUUCGAGAGCUGGUGAAAAGUGGGGUGAUAGGCGCUGACGGCGUCUGCAUGACGCUCAUGAAGCAGAUCGCAGGGGGGGACAUCUCCAACAAGAACAUCUGGCUGGCUGAGAAUGUCCUGGACAUACUGGUGGAACAGAGGGAGUGGGUGAUGAAGAGCAGCAUGCUGAUCGCCAUGUCCGUCUACACCUACCUGCGCCUGAUCGUGGAUCACCAUGGCAGCCCGCCACUGCUGGCACUGCGGCAGAGAGAGGUGGACUUCUGCAUCGGGCUGCUGAGAGAGAAGUUCAUGGACUGCUUCAUCAUCGGGAGAGACCUGGUCCGCUUGCUGCAGAACGUGGCCCGCAUCCCGGAGAUGGAUCUGCUGUGGAGAGACCUGCUGCACAACCCCCAGGGCCUGAGCCCCCAGUUCACAGGUCUGUCUGUCUGUCCCCUGAGCUCCCAGUCCACAGGUAGAAAGCUUGAGCUCAGGAUCUCUGCAACAGAUGGGCCGAUGAGACUGCUGUGCCCUGUCCGUGUGGCGCCUCUCCUGGAGUGUUUUCACAGUCUGUGUGUCUGCCUCACCUCAACUCUCUCUCACAGUCACCUGGCACCCCUGUUCGACAACCCCAAACUGGACCGGGAGCUGAGGGCCAUGCUGAGGGACCGCUUCCCCGAAUUCUGCAGCUCGCCCUCCCCCCCUGUGGAAGUGAAGAUGGACGAGUCCGUUUCCCUGGAGAUGGAAAACCACGUGUCAGACAAGGAGGAUGGUUGCUAUGACAACACGGAGGCCGCCUUCAGCGAUGACGAGGAGGAGCUUAACAACAAGGGUAGGGAAAGCAAGCACCACAGAGGCGGAGCUGCUCGUGACACGGAGGCGCAGUGUGAGGUGAUGCAGGAGAUUGUGGACCUGAUUCUGGAGGAGGAUUUUGACUCGGAGCAGAUGUCCGCUCUGGCCUCCUGCCUGGCUGAGCUGUUUAAGGGGCACUUCAGGGGAGACGUCCUGCCAGAGGAGAUCACAGAGGAGUCUCUGGAGGAGUCGGUGUGCAAGCCUGUCUGUCUCAUUUUCAGGAACCUGUGUCAGAUGCAGGAGGACAACAGCGGCUUCUCCGUGCUGCUGGACAUGCUGGCCGAGCUGUACCAGAAACAGCCCAAGAUCGGCUACCACCUGCUGUACUACCUCAAGGCCAGCAAGGCCGCGGUCGGGCGGAUGAGUCUGUACGAGUCCUUCGCUCAGGCCACCGCGCUGGGAGACCUGCACACCUGCCUGAUGAUGGACAUGAAGGCCUGUCAGGAGGACGACAUCCGACUGCUGUGUUACCUCACCCCCUCCAUCUACAGCGAGGUCUGUCUCUCUGUCUCUCUGUCUCUCUGUCUCUCUCACUACACUGUCCUGUACCCCACUACACUGUACUGUGCCCCACAUACAGCAUUGUACCCCACACUGUGCUGUCUCAGUCUACACGUGCUGAUGUCCACUGUCCCUGCUCUUGCAGAGCACCCUGAAGCUCUGUCCUGCCUGCUGCUGCAGCUGCGCCGAGAGAAGCCCAGUGAGGAGAUGGUGAAGAUGGUGCUGAGCCGGCCGUGUCACCCCGAGGACCAGUUCACCACCAGCAUCCUGCGGCACUGGGCGGCCAAGCAUGACGACCUGCUGGCGGAGCACAUCAAGGCCCUGCUGAUUAAGAACAACAGCCUGCCGCGCAAACGCCAGAGCCUGCGCAGCUCCAGCAGUAAACUGGCCCAGCUGACCCUGGAGCAGAUCCUGGAGCAUCUGGACAACUUGCGCCUGAGCCUGAGCAACACCAAGCACAACUUCUUCAGCCAGACGCCCAUCCUGCAGGCCCUCCAGCACGUGCAGGCCAGCUGCGACGAGGCGCACAAGAUGAGGUUCAGCGAUCUGUUCUCGCUGGCCGAGGAGUAUGAGGACUCCUCCUCCAAGCCCCCGAAGUCGCGGCGCAAGGCGGCGGUCUCGUCUCCGCGGAGCCGCAAGGGCGCGGCCCCCCCGGCCAGCAACGAGGAGGAGAGCGGCUCCAGCAGUGCCUCAGAGGAGGAGGACUCCAAGCCCAAGGCUCCCAAGCGCAAGAGGAAGGGCUCGUCCGCAGUGGGCUCCGACAGUGACUGAGGGGAGCAGGGAACUCGCCGUUCGCUCCGCCUACCAUUGUGAUGCCACCGGCGACGCCUGUUCCCCUGCCCACCUGUGUGGCGCGUGCAGGCUCCGCCCCUCUCUCUCAGAGGCACACCUGCUGUGGGGGAGGGGCAUCUCGCCACAGAGACACUCGCCAUUUGCUGGACGCCAGGACUAGAGCCACGCCCCCCUCUGACACUGAUUGGCUGCUGGAGCCAUGUGGGGGCUGGAACUUUCUGGG